UCUUCUUCUUCUUCUUUUGGUUGGAUUUCAAACAAUAUUGCCAUCAAAGAAGCUGCAUCACAUUUUGUUUUCUCUCUUACUCGGAGCCGGAAGGGGUUUGCAGCUCUUGUGAUCAUUCUUGCAGCGCAAGACAUGUUAGCAAAAGUGUGGAAAGAAAGAAAGAACUCGUUGAGUUUCGCUACAUCAACACAGCAGUUGAAUUUUCCUUUUACAGAAACUCGUCUUGGUUUGGAGAUUUAGUCGUGGGAUUUUUUUUGUUUUCGAUGCCAGCUUAUUGUCGCUCAAAUUAAAGGGAACGGAUUGGCCUUCAUUAACGCUUACAGUAAAAUAGCACUGCGCGGAGUUUCACACGCUGAGACACCAGGCGCCUUUAAAUCUUCCAUGCAUCCACCACAUGUGACACUGGUAACAUAGGACUAAAUGUGUUUUUCUCUGGACGUGUUUUCGACACUGGUGGUUGACUCUCAGUGGUUUGGUCGCGACGAAAUGACAGGGUGAGGCUUUGUGUAGUUGUGCAGGGGGGCUUGGGGGGGAGAAUGGCCUGAUACCAAUCAUCCCAUCAUGUAGCGCAGCGCUAAAUCGUGGAGAGGAACCGAGAAACCCGCACAUAUUUAGUUCCCCGUCGCCCCGCAACUCCUGACCCUGGAACAGCUGUUGGGUCGGUAAAGCUGGCGCGGUUGCCUUUAGAUUAAGUUUCUGCCAUUCUGCGGAAGCCCAACCAGGAAGAGCAAACAUUCACACACACACACACACACACACACAAACAGGGGAAAGGGAGAGAGGGAGAGAGGGAGAAAAGAUCUCGCAGGCAGCGCCACCGACCGUCCUCUCCGCUCCACUCCUCCCCAGCUCUCCCAGUUUGCGGAGCUCCGCCGCCGCACCAGUCCCGACUCCCUCCACCUCCACCGCCUCGCCUCCCUCCUUCCCUGCGGAUUCGCUCGACGCUUUUUUUUCCUCCACUAUUCCCCCCCACUCUCCUCCUCUGCCUUGUUAAAAAAAAAAAAAGAAGAAGAAGAAGGAGGAGGAAAGGGAAGGAGUUAACGCAGCUCGGUGUAUCGCGUCGCUGUCUGGAUGUUUGAAGUUGCUCCGACCGCCAGGAGCGGAGAGGAGUGGAGAGGAGCGGAGCGGAGCGCGGAGCCCAUUUUUCCGCUUCGUGCAGCAGGAGCGACACACGGGGCUGCCGCUGCCGAGCUCCGCCAGGACCGCGACCGCACCAGCCGCCGUGCGCUUUGGAGAAACAUGUGAUGACCCACGCAAGGCAGACCGCUUCCCUCAGGCAGAACCAAACUAAUUCUGACUGGUGGGACACCAGCCAUACCUGGCCUCAUGGUGGCACUAUGGGCGGCGACUGGCCUGAGCGUACCUUACGUUUCGGCAGGACAAAGAAGAUAAGUGGGGUCACAAGACAAAGGAAAGACCAAGAGCCCAAGAGGAUGAACGAGAAGAAAGAAGGAAGAAGAAAGUCAGACGAGAGCAGACAGCUUGACCAAAGGCGAGACAAGAAACGGGUCCGAAAGUUGUACCCGCUGCGUGGUCGGGGUGGGAAUCCAGAGGAGCUCAGCUGCCAUGUUCUUCUUACCCGAUUGGAGGAAGGCUCACGGGAAAAGGGCAGGUCUAAAGGCAAAGGAGGAAAAGACGGGUCCAAAACCAAACCACAAAUGGACAAAACCAGAGACAGGAUGAAGGCAAAGUCACUACCAAAAACCAAACUAAAAUCAAAACACAAAGGUCUGGCUGACUAUCCUGAGCUGAGAGACUUGCAGCCACGCAAGCGCAGACUGGCGUCUCUCAAUGCUGAGGCAGUGAAUAGUUUACUGCUUGAAAGACCCACCGACGCCCAACCAGUGGCCAAACAGGCCAGGAGGCAGGAGGAUCCUCUGGAUGGAGUGGUUUCUUUGGAUACAGCCAGAAGUUUUUUGCCUGGAAGUCUGAAAGCCUCACGAGGCAACAUUAGUAAAGUCUCUCCACCCAACAAGGUUGAACUGUGCCAAAGUCCUAAGCCGAACAAGAAGGCUAAAACCAGCCGGGGCGAUGAAAGAGUCUGGAUGAGUCAGGAGUGUUUAGACGCACCUGCACCAAGACGACUAGCUGGACUCAAUGCUGCAGCCCUGCUGAAGUUAACAAGCUCCUCAGCCACCAGUAAGCAGAGAGUAAAGGCAGCACCCACCGCAACGGUUACGUCCAACUCUACGGCUCUUGCCGCGGCCUUCACCCCAAAGCAGCACCACAGCGUCAAACUCCAAAACAAGCACCACUUGCAAAAGAAAGGCAAGAAGCCUCCUCCACCACCAAGUGGUUGUUCAGCCUGCAAGAAAAAAGCGGACUUUGAACCCAAGGUGGAGUGGGAGACGAGUAACUGCACCCACCGCCUGACCAAACCAGGGUAUCAGUCUCGUAGCAUGCUAGGUUUCCCGCUAAAGCAGGUGAAGGAGGAGCAACUGGAAACCGAACUGAGCCCAUACUACUGCUGCCCCCCAGAGGGUUCUGUGGAGUACUGCCACCGCUUGGCCUGCUUCCUCGGCCAGCAGCCGUACGGAGACUCCGAUGACCAGUCUCUAAACUCAGCCAUGACCCCCGUGAAGCCAGAGUGCCUAGUAACCUCGCCAUCUCUCACACAUUCCCACCCACACCGAGCACUUGCCCUUACCCCGCAUCCAUGCCUCUGUACCGCUGACCACUGCUUCCCCGGCUACUACGUCCACAUCACCCACCCAACGCACACUGGACAGACUUCAGCAGCCCUAGCCACGCGGCCUCUCAACUUCAGCUCCACCGGCUUGUACCCCAGGCGCAUUACCGGAUCCAAGCUCCUGGGGGGUCAGGUGUCGCACCCAUCCGGUUUAGGCCACCCCGCCUUCUGCAACUCUGUGGCUUCCCCCUGUUACGGAGAUGCCUGCGGGAUCAGUGGCUACAGCUACAGAGCACUGCCUCCAGUGACGGCCAGCGGUUGUUCUUUUAGUGCAGGUUGUACCGGAUGUACGCACAGCAUCAAGACAGAGGCUUACACAACCCCACAGGGCGACCACAGUCCUUCCCUUCUGGUUCCCCCCACCAUGCCAAUCGCCCAGUGUCCACUGUCCGGUGUGCCCACUUCCACACAGACUAAAAGCCGCCUGCUGACCCCUCUGUCUGGCCUAGAUCAGCCCCAGGCCAUGUUAAAGCUAGCUAAGGAAUGCCCUCAGAGCACAAAGGCCUCCAACGGCUCUUCCGUGGGCCACACCCGGCUCCUGACGAAACAGGCGAUCCCGGUGCCCAGCCUCGGCAGCGGCAAGCAGAAGAAGAUCAGCCGCAGACGUGCAACGAACGGCUGGCGGCCUGUCGGCAUCCCCACAGACAGGGAGGUCUUCGUUGCGGGAGAAGAUGAGGCUGCAAUGCGGAGGUGUUACGAGGGAGUCGAGCGGGACGGCGAAGUGAUCCGUAUCAGAGACACUGUAUUGCUGCGAUCCGGUCCCAGGAAGAAGUCCCUGCCGUAUGUUGCCAAGAUAUCAGCAUUGUGGGAGGACCCCAAAACAGGAGAGCUGAUGAUGAGCCUUUUCUGGUACUACAGACCCGAGCACACCCAGGGAGGCCGAGAUCCCAGAGCACACUGUGAGAAUGAGAUUUUCGCCUCUCGGCAUCAGGAUGAAAAUAGUGUGGCCUGCAUAGAAGACAGAUGCUACGUUCUCCCUCUAGCCCAGUACUGUCGAUUUUGUGCCUUGGUGAAGCGGCGUGCCGAAGGCGCCCCACCUGGCAGGGCCAGCAUGGUGCCCUUCCGGCCCGACUUCGCCCCUCCCUCCCACCGCUGCGUGCCCAUGGACGUCGACCCCGAGCUGGUGUACCUCUGCCGGCACGUCUACGACUUCCGAUACGGACGCAUCUUGAAGAACCUGCAGUAGAGCGGGAGCCUCCCCCGUCUCUCCCCCGUCGUCGCACCUUUGAAUCAGUCGUCGCAAUCGUCCGCCUUCGCAGAGGAGGGGCAGCUGAAGGACUGAAGACCUCCACCUAACCCUCGUUCGUGAUCAGUGUGAAAAGCGGGGUGACUGGGGGGGGGGGGGUUGCAUGUACACAUUAUGAAGCACAGAUCCCUUUAGUUACAUUCUUAGAAGUUAGAAUGUCGUAAGGAAUCUCAGCUCAGUCAGAGAGCUAAACUCCAUCCAGCCGCUCAGAUUUUCCCCCACCUCGCCUUCCCAGCCAGAAAUGCCGAGCACCAGGUCGAGCGGCGCGCCAGUCAGAACCGCGUCUCCUCCCCCUGAAGCACGUUAGCGCAACAAUCAUGUUUGUUUCGUUUGAGAGCCGCCGGCGCAGCGACGGUCCGGCACGCCACUCCGAUGCUUCCAGGGAAACACGAGGCUGGCCCUGUCAGCUCCGCGUUAACGCCGCUCGACAGCGGUUUGACAUUUAGGAGGCUUCUAGGUAAUCAAACCAAGCAAGAAAGUAGCUUUAGAUGAAGUGGAGCGGGUUUCUUUUGUUGUUGUUUUUUUUUCCUCCCGCUGAAUUGAACAUUUUCACAUCGAGCAACUGAUUGGGCUUGAGGGCAAAGAUCACCUUGUAUUCCUGAUAACAUAUGGUUAUUACUUAUAUGGUGAGAAAAAAUCCCAGUCAGUCGAGUUUGUUAAUCGACUGACUGAAGAAGAAGCGUGUUGUGCUUAUUUGAGGUAAAUAGCGAGACCACGCUGAUAUCAGGCUGCGCAUGACGACCCAUGUUUUGACUUUAUGCACGUAAUAUAAUAGACCAGAAAGCAGAAACAGUACCUUGCAAAAGUAUUCAUUCCCCUUAAGCAUGUUCCUGUGUUACAAACCGCGGAUUUUAAUGUAUUUCAUGCCGGUUUUAAUGCGUUAGACCAACACAAAGUUGCACAUAAUAGAAAAGCUGUCAUGUAAAUGUAAUUUUUUUACUAACUAAAAAAACAGCAGCAUUUACUCCUGGAUGUUUGCUAAUGUUUUUUUUUUUGUCACUUUUCCUUCUUUCCUUCAUUUGUGGAUCAGGUGACUUUCAGAUGUGUUUGGAAAGCAAUUUGUUGCAGGGCGUUGAAUACAAAUGGUCAACUUUUGAGAUUUCGGUUGUGAGAUAAAUUUGACUUAUUUGGCACUACUGCGUGUUGGUCUUCCACUUACAAUCAACGUUAAGCACGUCUAAGUUUGUGGUUGUGACGAGACGUAAAAUUUGCCAAUACUUUUGCACCGUACUGUAUUUCAGUUCAUUUCCAGUCUCCACGUUUAGGGCAGUUUUUAUGUCGCCAACUCUUGCCCGAUUCCUAAUUCCUGCAGCCCGUCCAGGAGGAACCAGAGGAUGUGGCGCAAAUUUCAACGCCCCGAGUCUCCGUCUCGUUGUCAGCACUUGUCCCCAUGUUUUGUUGCACUAAAACCAAUCCCUCAUGAAAACAUGCGAUCACCUCUUUGUUUUGUGACGGAGCUGCUGAGACAUUGGCGGGACGUGAAAGGCGGGGCUUACUGUAGCGCAUUUGUUCGGGUGUUUUUAUUGCGGAGGAGACCUUACGGAUGUAACGGUUUGUGCAAACUGUUCGUUUUGAUGACCAGAGACGAGUCGACCAACAUGUUUGCCAUGGCAACCUGACGCUCUUCGUACUGGAUGAAAUCAGAAUGGAUCCAGAGUCAUUCCUUUCUCUUUUCCCCCUCACAUAUAAUCCUAUAAAUACUCGGUAUAUAUUUAUGUAUGUAUUCACACUGUUAAUGUGACUAGAUGUGCAGAAGGCUUCAGGAUUCAGUCCUGUCUUGCUGUGCAGGCAAUCGUAGCACUGUGAUAGAUGUGUGACUGGACUGAAGGGGUGUUUCCAUGCUUUCAGAUGAAGCUUUUGCCGAUUACAAACCACGCGCCCUCUCAUUGCCUCCAAACCUGCCAUUUUAUUCCCCGUCGGCGUGCGUUCGAGUUCCAGCUGUAAAAGAUCGCCACGCUCUGAAGCCAUCUUUAUCUCCCCCCCUCUUCUAUUUGAAGCGCAUCAAAACUAAAUCAAACCCUACAUCUCCUUCUUUUCCCCGCUGGAGUCUUCAAAAAGGACAUGGAUAUAACUAUACAUUACAAUUCCUCCUCCUCCUAAAGAAUAUUUUAUUAUGUCGAUUUGCUAAGAUGACACAUGUAAUAUAUUUUUUAGAAUUACUAUUUUUGAAGAAUGAACUUAAAAAAUCUUGACAAAGUAUAUGCAUUGCUUUUCUUUUCUUUUUUUUGUCCCAGUAGAUAUCGGGUCGGUCUUGAGUCGAUGUUUGACCAAACGAAAGAGAAAUAUAAGGAGAACAUAUCUAAACCCCAGGAAGCACGGGGCAAUCUUUAAACAAGCAGACAGCCAAUGCAGUGUAGAAAUUAUUAUUAUUUUUCCCUUGCAAGAUCUGUAAUAAUUAUAUUUAAAGUAUAUUUAAACGGAGAAAACAAUUGAAUAUAUUAAGAUGUCAGUUUUAAGUUAUUUGGGACUAAUUAUGUAGAUCCUGCAUAUUUGUGCUUCAGGAUAGAAAGCAGUUUUUUUGUUUAUUUGUAAUCUUAGAAGCUUAACGAGGUUUAAUAGCAGAAACGUAACCGUAGGUUGGCUUCGUUGAGACCAGAGCAAUUUUCGCCGACAGAACCUUCGCUCUGGAGGAGCUCCGUUUGGUUCCCGAGUGGCUGAACGGAAACCAGACCGACUUUAACGGGGCAGUUCGGGACUUUUUCUAACUGAGGUUCUGUAAAUGUUACGAGCAGUUCAUAUCUUGCGACUUUCAACCUAUCCCUAUCCCUUUAGGCGUGUAGUUUGGGAGAAGUGUCACCGGAGCUUUCAUUGACAAGCUGAAGUCAAAAUGAGACAAACGGGGGACAGGAAGUUCCUCUGAGGUCCUAAGCUGAAACCAGAAACCCUGGUGCAAAAGGUUAGAUGUCACUUGCAAAAAAUGUAAAGUAUUAUUGGAUGUAGGCUGACAGUAUUUCAAAACGGUUGCUCUUUAAACUCUACAAGGAGCAUCUCUUUUUGUUUUGUUCAAGUUAAUUGGUGGAUUGGCAUAGAGGAAACAUUAUGCUAACGUUAGCAUAAAUGAUAUCAUUAUCAUGUUGGCUUUCCCUAGCUGGAUGGCUAGCAUUAACUCAGCCCAUUCAGCAAGUCAGCUUUUGCUUUAAAGUCAAAAUUAGCAUUUAAGCUAAUGCUAGCUUAAUCAUUAAUCAUAAAGAUGUCUUUUUGCCCCCUAGUGGUCAGGCAAAGCAAGAUUACAGAUGCUGUCACACCAACGUCCCUUAUCUGUUCGCCGGCCAGAUGCAGGCGAGGAAAGCUCAGACAGCCAUGUGCUCCCCUUACUAGUGCUGGCCAGCCUUGCAAAACGCAUGGACUUAGAUAGCCUGCUGUCAUUCAAUAACCUAAUCAGCCACAGGCUAUUUGCAUGGAGACAGUUGUGUCCUUAUUUCCAUGACAACAAGGUUGAGCAAGCACUCAGGAAUAAGAAGUUUCAGCGAUCUAUGAUGUGAAACACUGAGUAACCUUCGCUGAUGUGUGUGUGUGCGUGUGUGUGUGUGUGUGUUUGGGCGUGCGUGCGCGUGUUCACUCCAUUAGACAAAAGCACCCGACCAACCUGUGAGAUUCAGCUUUCUCUGUGGCCUGUAUUGAUGCUUAUUGUUGGCAUAUAUUUUGAUAUAUUUGGAAAAUGUGGGAUAUACAGUUUAGAUAUUUUUGAAGUAGAAAGAGUUAUGUGUAUCAGAUCACUGUCACUUUGUCAUGCUCUCUGAAGAUCUCUUGGAUUUUUUAAAUUUUAUUUUAUUUGAAAGACUAUAUCAUCCUAACUGAUUUAAUGUAAUGUUGAGAGAAUAUUUAUAAAAUUUAAGUCCUUUGUGAAAACG